ACAGUGGUUGUGGGUGUUAGCCAGGAAAGCGCGGGUGACGGGGGCAGGGAGGUUGGCUGACUGUACCUGCUGUCUUCUGAACGCCGGCUGAGCCGCCAAGAAUCCCACGGCGGCGAUGGAAUGUUAGCACCGACAGAGUUCUAUUUUCGAACGUUCUGUUGCUUUUCCCUUACGGACGCAAAUCACCGACAAGACAGGGAUACUGCAAAACAGGGACUUUGCCUUGGGCGUUGGGGCUGGCAGGGGGGUGGGGGGGUUACCUUCCUUCCCAUCGUCCCUACUCUACUCAUGUCAGGAUGCUCACAGAGAGGAUUAUCCUGGAGACCGAGUGGAAGAAAAUGAUCAGGUUUGGGCUCUGGACUCAUGGGGUCGACUUACGUUGCAGUCCGAUCGUGUGUGUUUCCCCUUAAAAGACAAAUCAAUCUCUGCAGGAUUGAAGAAGGGACUCUAUUCCUCUUACUUCCCCAGGCCGCUGGUCCCGCUGCAGAUCUAUGCCUGGAGAUCUCAUACUGGCUCACAAACACACACUGCUAAAAAGAAGCUGGGGAAAGGAAGGGCGGUGAAUGCAACAAUUGAGAGAAGAAUGAAAGUUUAUUGGGCGCGGCUGCCGCUUUGAUUUAAAUUUGCUCAGGUUGAAAGCGUUGGCUUUGGUGCUUUGUGGACGCCUCAUUUACUCCGGCACCCAUUUGGAAAUAGAGCGGGAGGGGGAAGGGUGUACUUGCAGCUUUCCUAGUGAUGCAGUCACCGGUCGAUGGUUUUGAGAAAGUGCACCAGUGUUUACUGCUUUCGAAAGGCUGAAUCUAAGUGACUGGGUCCAGACUAGGGACAUCUUCCUGCACCUCCUAAUCCUUUUCUUCCCUCUAUCUCGACUCCAGAGCCUCAGAGAUUUCUUGUGGGACACUGGGACAGCAGGAGAAGGACGACUUCUUGGGGUUCCAGAAAGAAGCCCUUUUGGUGAAGGGAGGGGAGCUGCUCCUUCCCACGUUAUUGGGGGUAGGGUUUGUGACGGGAGGGCGGGGUUAUUGAAAGGCUAGUGCCUUUCAGUACAACUUUCUCCGGAGAACCUGUUGGCCAUAUGGUUUGGACAUCUCCCUACCCCCCUGCAACAGCAUCUCAUCAUGAAGGAAUCUAAAGUUGGGAGAAGUCUCCGUCUCUGGCACUGAGCGCCCACCUUAAUAGCCAUUUUCGUUUCCAAUCAAUGGUUCCCCCGCAAUGAGUCCCUUAAAUAGCCAGCCCCCUUUAUCGUGGGAGUAAAGGUCCCUGGAGACGGAGAUGAUUCUGUUUUGAGAGCCGAUUGGAGUGAACAAACAGCUGCUUUUCAAAGGGACAAAAAAAGGGAGGGAUAUGGAGGACUUCACCACUAGGACCUAUGGCACCAGUGGCCUGGACAACAGACCUCUGUUCGGAGAAACUUCGGCAAGGGACCGUGUCAUUAACUUAGUUGUUGGCAGCCUGACAUUUUUGCUGCUGCUGGUAACUCUGAUCAGUGCUUUUGUUUUCCCUCAACUACCUCCAAAACCACUGAAUAUAUUUUUUGCUGUUUGCAUCUCCUUGAGUUGCAUUACUGCCUGCAUACUUAUUUACUGGUAUCGACAAGGAGAUCUGGAACCGAAAUUUAGAAAUCUAAUUUACUAUAUCUUAUUUUCUAUCAUCAUGUUAUGUAUAUGUGCCAACCUGUACUUCCACGAUGUAGGAAAGUGAUGCUGCCAACCAAUAAAACUAAGACUGUUCACAGCUACAAAUUAGGACUCUGAAUAAGAAUUCUGGGUAAAGUAAACCGAAGAUGAAGCAAGAUUGUGCAGGAAUUCAAUACAUGAUUUUCAUGUUAACUGCAAAUCUAAAUUCCCUCUUGUUUGGGAGCCAAGACAUUGUGCUUUUCCUUUUUAAAGAGCUGAUGUUGCACUUAUGAACAUUCCACACGUAGGGAUUCAGAAUGGCACAAGUUAUUUUUGCUUUUGAAAUCUUACUUUUUUUUUUUUUUACAAUGUACUAUAG